CCCAUGGCGGCGGUGUGCCGGCGGCGGCAAGCGGAGAGGCCGCUGCGCGAGGAGAGGCGUGAGGCCGCAGCGUGUGUGGUGCGAGGAGAGGCGACAUGGCGGCGACCGAGGGCCCGCUGCGCGAGGAGGGCCUCCAAGGUCCUCUCCUUCCUCGCGCGUAGGCGAGGCCCCGCGGCCUCCUCCUCGCCGGCUACAGGGUCCGAGGCGCCGGCCGCGAAUCCGCGAGAGGCGAGGUCGGUGGCUAGCUGGAGGAAGGAGCUGCACCUCGCUGCCGCAUCGAGAUCCAGCGGGGAGGAAAGGGAGCACACCGCAUUGGCGCGGCGGUCGGCGGAGGCUGCGGGCGUAUCCAGGAAGGCGGAGGACUCGCUCCUCCGUGCUGCCCGCGCCGGUCGCCUCCACGUCGAAGAGGCGCUGCCGGGCAUGGACCCAACAUAUACCUCAUUGAAUUCAGAUCGACGCGUGCUCAUGGAUGAAUCAUUGGUGAUUCCCCUGCCAACUCUAGCUCCGCCUGGCUCGAGUCGAAUGGUGCAGUGACGACUGGGGCUAGCACCACCCCCGCUCGUGGCCAGCUCCGGCACGACUUGCUGCCGGCUCCAGUGCGCCCUCAACCGGCGGCAAGGAAGCGGGUGGGGUCAAGCUGGCACAGAAGAGGCCGCCCCUAGACCCAUCCUUGGCACCCGCCGUACUCAAGGCGCGCGCAGCCGAGCGGGGCGUCGACGGAGGAGCCGCAGAGGGGUGAGAAGGCAGGUGCCAUGUCGGGGUCGCGGGGUGGAAUUACAUUGGACCUGAGGUUUGUUUAUUCUUUAUUUUCUAUCUUGUGACCCAAACUAUA